AUGGAUACUGUUAAUCUGUACGAAAAAAUUGCAGUUGUAAAAAAAGCAGUAGAAUUAACAAGUAAAUUUCCUCCAAGAGAAAUUCAAUUAUUAUCAAUAUUAAUAUUGAUGAACCCAGAAGAAAAUAAAGGACGCCUUGCACAAAUCAAUACUGGUGAAGGUAAAACAACAAUUGUUGCAAUGUUAGCUACACUUAAAGCUCUUGAAGGACAUUGUGUCGAUGUUAUUACUAGUUCACCUGAGCUAGCUAAACCACAGUCAAUACAUCAAGAAAAUUUUUAUAAUUUAUUUAAUUUAACUGUUUCACAUAAUGGUACUGAUACAAUUGAUAUUAAAGAACGAUAUAAUGCGAAUAUUGUUUAUGGUGCAGCUAGUGAUUUUCAAGGUGAUAUUUUACGUGAUGAAUAUAGUAAAUUAGGUACAAGAAACGGUCGAAAAUGUGAUAUUGCAAUCGUCGAUGAAGUUGAUUCGAUGUUAAUUGAUGGUAAAAAUCAUAUUGUCAUGUUAUCAUCACCAAUGCCAGCAAUGGAUCAUUUAGAACCAUUGUUAGCAGCUAUUUGGAUACAAAUUCAACAAGUAGCUAAAUGUAUUCAAGAAAUUGACGGUCAAGAUUAUUAUAUUGAACACUCGGAUAUAUUUAAUGAUGAUGGUACAGUUAAAUCUGAUAUUAUAGAAGCUGCUUUUCCACUUGAAACUUCAAAAGAAGAAUUUAUUAAAAAAGCUACAGAAAAUCAUAUCAGAAAAUUAAUCCGAGAUGUUAAACACUUACCUGAUACAGAUAAAGAAAUUCCUGAAGAAUAUCCCGAAAUAAAAAUUCCUAAACAUUUAAGACAAUUAAUUGUUGAAAGUCAAUUAAUCAAAUGGAUCGAUAGUGCAAUUUAUGCUAGAUAUCAAUGUCAAAAUAAUCAACAUUAUGUUCUUCGAAAUGGAAAAAUAGCACCAGUUGAUGCAAGUAAUACAGGAAUCGUACAAGAAAAUAUGCACUGGAAUGAUGGCUUACAUCAAUUUUUACAAAUAAAACAUGGAGCAAAAAUAACUGCAGAAAGCUUAACAACAAAUUUUCUUUCAAAUGUCACUUACUUUCAAAAAUAUGGUUCAAAUAUCUAUGGUUUAACAGGAACACUAGGAAGUGAAAAAGCUCAAGAAUUAUUAAGUAAAAUUUAUCAUGUUGAUCAUGUUAUUAUUCCACCAUUUCGAAAAAAACAAUAUCAAGAAUUAACACCAAUCAUUCUUAAAAAUGAAAAUGAUUGGCAUGAAAAUAUUAUUGAAAGUUCAAUGAAUAAACUUAAUAAUGGACGAGGUGUUUUAAUUAUCACAAAAUAUAUCAAAGAAGUUGAUGAAAUUAAAAGUCGAUUAAAUAAAAUUGGAUAUGAUUCAUCAAAAAUUAAAACAUAUCGAACUGAAGAUGAAUCAAAUAGUAUUGAAGAAGAUAUGAAACCAGGUGAAAUUAUUAUUGCAACAAAUAUUGCUGGAAGAGGAACAGAUAUUCGCGCAAACAAAAUUGAACAAAAUGGUGGAUUACAUGUUUUAAUUACAUUUUUACCACCAAAUGAACGUGUUGAACAACAAAAUAUUGGUCGAACAGCAAGAACAGGAAAUAAAGGAACUGGUCAAUUUAUUUUAUUAGAAAAAGAUAAAGAUAAUUAUGAACAAUUAAAAGCUGUUCGAAAUAAAAGAGAAGAAGAUAGUAUACGUACCGCUGAAACAGAAAUUGAAAAAGUAACAAUUAAGGAUGCUAUUUUUAAAGAAUUUUGUAAUUUAUUAACAAGCAUUGCUGGAAAUCAUAUGACAACAGAUAUAACAACUAAAAUCAAAGCACGAGCAGUUGAAGAUCGAUUUAGUAUUUGGUUAAAAUUAAAUGAACAAACAAUAACAACAAACACAAAAGAAGAAAUGUUGAAAAAAUUUAAUUUAUUUCAACAAAAAAUUUUAAAUGAUAAAGAAAGAGAUACUUUAAUUGAAAAUGCAUAUUUUUACAUAUUAAUCGGUAAUGAAUAUUUAAACGAGAAAGAUAACGUUAAAAAUCAAGAUGCAAUUGAUCAAUAUACAAAAGCUAUUGAAUUAGAUGAACCUUUUCAAGCAAAUGCUUAUUAUAAUCGUGGUUAUGCACGCAUUGAUUUAUAUGGAAAAAAAUGUAAAAAAUAUAUAGAAGAAAUUGACAAAGCAAUUGAUGAUUUUAAACAAGCUAAAAGAAUUAUUGAAGAUAAUUUUGAACCAAUGCUACAUAUUAUUCAGCAAGCAUCAAAUUCUGAAGCUAUAUCUGAACAAAUCAUACAUAAAAUGGCAUUAUUUAAUGUACAAAAAAAUACUAUUGAAUUAGCUAUUGGGACUGAAAAUAGUACUGAUAUUGAAAUAGAAGAAUUAGAAAAACAAAAAAAUCUAAGAUCAGAAGAUAGAACACAAAUACAGGAACAAAUUAAUAAUUUAAAAGAUAAUAAACAAUUACGAGAAAAUGGAAUUAUUGGGCAGGCAAGAGCAAACAAGCAAAAUAUAGAAAUUGAACAUUUGGAAAUUGAAAAAGCAUUACCUGAAGAUCAAGAUAUUAAAUUAUAUAACACUGAAAUAAAUGAAUAUGAAAAUAAUGGAUUUCGAGGAUGUUUUAAAAUCAAAAAAAUCAAGCCUAUUGAUUGGUGGUCAGUUAUUAGUGUUGCUGCUCUUGGUAUAGCACAAUUAGUUAGUGGAGCAGCACUUGCUGUAUUUAGUCUUGGUGCUGGUGCUUCCAUUGGUAUGGGAUUAAUGUUUGAAGGUGUUAGUGAUCUUAUAACAGCAGUUAAAGAUGGUAUUAUUAAUCGAGAUUUUAGUUGGGCAACAUAUGGAAUACAAAAGGCAAUUAGUUUGACUGUAUCUCUUGUAUGUGCUGGAUUUGGUGCCAUAAAAAAUGCAGCAAAAACUGUCGUUGUCGGAGUGAAAAGUUUUGGUCAAGGAUUGACAACAACAACAGUAAAAACGGGAUGGAAAAUCGUAGCAAAAUCUAUUGGUAUUAGCUUAGCUAAAGGUGUAGGAGAAGAAUUAGCAAAAGAACUUAUUGGUUAUGGUGUAAAUAAAACUCUGAUACCUUUAAUUACAGAAGAAAUUAUGAAAAGAGUUGAAGAACCAAUACAAAAUGCAUUAUUAACAAAUAAUUGUGUAAAAACAAUGCUCGAAUUAGAUGCGAAAAAUCGAAAUAGCAAGUAUGAAAGUUUAAUUAAGAUUAAAGCUAUGGAAUUAUUAAACUCACGUGAACACCAAAGUGCAUUAAAAGCUAUCACUACUGGUAUAAUUAAGGGUAUAGCCAAGCGGAAAGUAUCAAGCUUCUCUGCAUUAUUAACAACUUAUGAAAUGGCAGCAACUCUACAUGAACUAGAAAGAUUUGUUCCCAAUUUUAUAAGCAAAUUAAAUGAACAGAUAGAAAAAAUUUAUAAAGAAGAAAAGAUUGAAGAAAUUAUAUCUCAACAUGAAUAUAAAUCACAACAAAAACAACAACAAUAUGAAGUAAACAAGCAAAGUACGAUUGAUAAUAAUAAGAAAAUCAAAACAAACAUAAAGGAAGAAAAUCAUCAGAAUGAUAUGUCGACUUUUACUAUGGAUAGAUCGGAUAAUGAUAUUGGUUCGAAAAAUGUUCAAGAAGAAGAACAAAUAAAAUUGAACAGAGAAAAUACAUCUCCAGAUGGAUUAUGCAGAAUAUUAGCAACAAAUGUAUCGGCACAUAUGUGCAAUAUUAUACAACAUAAAUUAAUUGCUCCUAUUACCCAUGUUGGUAUCCAUUUUGGUAUGACAAAAAUAACAGCAGAGUUGGAUAGAAAUCUACAAGAACAGAUUGGUCAUUAUCAGUCUGAGAAAAGAAUAGAAGUUUCGCAAGAUAUAGAUCAACAUUAUCGACUUUCAAGAAGCUAUAAACGAGGUUCAGAGAAUCCAGAAGCUUUAGCGAAGGCAGGUAAGAUGGUUGAGGACAUAAAAAACGAUGGAGAGGCUGGAUUACCACAUUUAGGAUCAUUGAGUGAUGCAGUAGGAAGACCAAUAAAAGUUUAUAAUAAAAAAGGAGAACUGAUGCGCAUUAUUGGUAAAAAGAAAGGUGGUGUCCCAGUAGAGAUACAGUAUCAUAAGCCUAACAAAGAUAAUCCAUCAGGACAUUGGACUUUACCAGGAGGCAAAGAACCUGUAGUAAAUAAUUCUGGAAAAAAUAAUUGUUUAUUUAACGUCAUUGCAGAACAAACAAAAAUAGAUUCGAAUCAAUUAAGAGCAGAUACUGCUAUUAGAAUGGAAAAUAGUAAAGCAAUACUUGCUAAUCAAGCUUUUGAUAUAAUGAGAUUAGAACAAUAUAAACAAAGUGCCUUGACAAUGGGCGGUGUUAAAUUACAGGGUCAAACUAUAUAUUUUGAUGAUGAAGAAAUUGAUCAGUUAAUUAAAUUAGCAGAGUCUGGAUUUAAUAAGCGAGAAGAAGCACCAAGAGAUUUAGAUAUUAUUCGUGCACAAGACGAUAAGGGAAAACAAGUUGUAAUUUCAAAACAUCAUGUAAUUCCAGAAUGCCAAGUAAGAGAAGAUUUUAAAGACCUUGUUAAGCAGUAUAGAAAUGAUAGAAAUGGUCUCAAAAGAGAAUUAAUAAAAUAUAUAAAUCACGAAAACAAUGCCAUUGCAAAAGAGAGAUUUAUUAAUGUUUUCAAAUUAAAAGACAGUUCUAAAGUCACCAAUAGACCAGAAUUAGUAGUAGCUGAAAUCCAAAACUCAGUAUCCUGGCAUGCAAAUAAUUUUAGAAUUGGGCCAGAAGGAGCGUUAAGGAAUGAUGAUCCUACAAAGCGUGAAACACCAUUUGGAAUUGAUUUUCCGGUAGCAGAUAAAGAUACAAAAGUCUGUUUGAAUCAAUACAUUAAACGAAAAACUGAUGGUCAAGUUGAUAUUUUAUGCACAUUAAAUAAACUUCCAAAUAAUGUAAACAAUUUUGCGUGGAAAUUAGGACGACAUGGAAAGUAUGAAGUUGAUCCUACUAAUAAAAUAGGAAAAACUUCUCAUUUUUAUAAAUCAAAAAGACCAGAAGAUUCAACAUUUAAUCCUUUCCGAUCUAAGUGA